AACCAUUUCUGUGACUGGAGGAUACUAUCCUGUUGCGGUGACAAGAGUGAGUGACUGGUUCCUGGGAGUCCACAUUGGAUAUUAUCAACCUCCGCCUAGAACCAGUGUGUUUCUCUGUUUCUCCAGCCUUCUGUACAGGUAUUCUCUGUACCCAAAGGUAUAAGAGGAAUAUCUCACAGAAGGUCCGAGGUCAAGCAAGGAAAAAUAUGGAAAUCCUACACUAUUUUUCUCAGGUCCCCAAAGGGCAGAAUGAGCCCAUAACUUCUCAAAUGAAAAUGGAAUGUAGAAAAAGACCAAAGGAGAUAACCAACAACCAAGACCAAAAAUCACACUGGGAACAAAACACUCCACAAGAUGAGAAAGCUCCCCCAAGGAAGACCAUUAUCAUAACCUUCGGUACACACCACAUAACAAUUGGGGUUACAGAUGGGGAGACAGGUAGCUUAUACCAGGCACUCAACACCCUUGACCCUGUCAAAAGAGAGAUAGAAAGACAGACAAGCAAAGAAAUGCUAGUGUGUGGCAAAGAAGGGAUAGAAGGGUAUAUAAACCUUGGCAUGCCUCUCCGUUGUUUUCCGGCAGGCAGCCAUGUGGCCAUUACAUUUUCGAAAACUGAAAGUAAGGAGAAAGAAACUAAUGAAGUGUGUGGCCGCUUUGACCCAUCAUCUGCUGAGUGUGUUGUGUUUUACAUUCAUGCCGUUGGGAGUAGGGAGCAAAGGAUCCUGAGGUGCAGGGAACUUGACAAGGAGGGGACCAAAGUCUGUGUGUAUGGCUUCCAAGGAGAGAGCAUCAAGGCCACUCUGAGGAAGGAUGGCAGAUUUCAUUCCUUUGUGGACAGUGACCAUUGGAAACUCAUUGACAAUGAUACCAUCAUAGCAAACACCCAGCUGGUUGAUGUGUUACAGGGCAAGCUCUUUCUGAUUGAGGUGGAAAGAAAGAAAAGCCCUUGGGCGGUAGCAGCAACUCAGAAUUCUGAGUUAGAGGACAGAAACUUCAGUCAGUUAAAAGGAUACAUUGUGAAUUUGUACCCUAUACUGACAGCAGAACGUGAGAAACUGAGAGCAUACAUCAAGGAAGAAAGUGAGAAAAGAAAGAAAACUAAUUUAUUCAAAGCACAUAGAGCAAACUUCAGGAAGCUGACCCAGAACUCCACCCCAGGUAAAGUCUUCAAACUUCUUUCACAGCUCAGUGACUCAGUUGGGCUCAUAGUUUGGGACAACAAUGGACACAGGGGUAGUGCCACAUGCUUUGUUUUUAAAGGGAUGUACAUGUUCACUUGUCGACAUGUAAUAAAUGACAUUGUAGGGGAAGGCGUAGAGCCAAGUCAGUGGGCAGAUAUAAUUAGUCAAUGUGUAAGAGUGACAUUUGAAUAUCAAGUGUUCCCCAUCAAAGAAGACAGCUAUUGCUCUGUUGAACCUUGGUUUGAGGUGUCUGAUGUAACUCUUGAUUAUGCUGUCCUGAAACUGAAAGGAAACGGACGGCAUAUUCCUACAGGACUCUGUAAUGGAACACCUUCUGAAUCACUUAGUGAGUUUGUGUAUAUGAUUGGUCACCCAGACGGAAAAUAUAAGGUUGUUGAUGGUUGUACUGUGGUACCUGAAAAUGAGCAAAGAAGGAAAUGUGAGGACAUUCAGGGUAGAGGAGCAGUGAGUGGCAGUGAUCCCAUGCAGUAUAUCUAUAUGUACACCCAAAGAAGCUUCCAGAAGAACAUCCAUGAACCUGGUGUGGUUACCUGGGAUAACACUUUUUAUUGUGGUUCUUCUGGAUCUCCUAUAUUUGAUGCUAGAGGAUCACUGAUAGCCAUGCACACUGCUGGCUUCAUUUGUGAGUAUGCAAGUGGGUUUUCCAGUGUUAUUGAAUUGGGCUCCUCAAUGAAACACAUCCUUGAUGAUAUUAAGCAAAACCAUGAAACAUGGUACAAUGAAAUUUGUGUGUUCAAAGGGACGUAGAACU